CAUGAAAGUGUUGUAUCAACUUGUGGGCGUGGUGGGGCUCGCGGCGUCGAUUGCCCAAGCUCAUUUCGCCCCUCAAACGUCUGUCGAAGGAUGUCGCGGCGAUCGCUCCAACGACUCUGACCGACUCAUUGCGCUUUCCGACUCCAUUCGCUGCUGGAUGACUGAGGCUGAGAUUCGAAUCCUCCACCAAAACAAUACUGGGUUUGUCGAUGACACGGAUGGGUUGUGGACGGAAGGCACGCGGUUGGGCAGAGAGCGCCAAGCGCUGCGCCUUGGAGCUAAAACCUAUCCAGCCAUCCCUGCGUUUCAAGCAGUCGUGAAAGCUGUCAACGCCAAAGUCAAUCCUAACGACCUCAAGACCCUCCUUACGACGUUUGUGAACAAGUUCACCACCCGCCACAAAACGUCGUCGCAGGGACUGGCGUCGAGCAUCUGGUUGUUCGACCAAGCGGUCGCCUUGUCCAACGCCCACGGACGCGCCGAUAUCAAGACCAAAGUGACCAAGUACGACCACGGAUGGGGCCAAGUGUCUGUGAUCUUCCGCAUCGAUCCGGUGAAACCUGCCGUGAACAACGAUCUGCUCAUCCUCGGUGCGCAUCAAGAUUCGAUCAACCAACGCGACGGAAAGGCCGCCCCUGGCGCCGACGACGACGGGUCCGGCACGGUCACGAUUUUCACGGCGCUCAAGUACUUGCUGUCGUCGCCGCAGUGGGUUCCCACGCGACCGAUCGAGUUUCAAUGGUACUCGGCCGAAGAAACGGGAUUGCAAGGCUCCAAGCAAAUUGCCACCGCUUAUGCCAAAGCCAAAGUCGACGUGUACGCCAUGUACCAAAACGACAUGACAGGUUGGACCCGAGGCGGCACCAAGGUCAUUAGCUUCACGGACGACUUCACGACGCGCCCGUUGACCCAGUUCUUGGAAGUAUGUGUCAAUACUUACUUGACCACUAAAGUAAGCCACAACACGUGCGGCUACGGCUGCUCCGAUCACGCGUCGUGGUUCAACGCUGGGUACGCCACGGUAUACCCGUUUGAAGAAGACGGACCCAUCAACCCCAACGUCCACUCGUCCAAGGACACGAUUGCGACCUUGGACUUUAACCACAUGGCCGAGUUUACGCGAUUGGCCGUGGCGUUCGUGGUGGAGCUGUCGCAAGCCAAGACGAAGCUUCCCGUCAUCGUGGACGUUGUGGAGCCCGAUGUGGAGCCUGAAGUGAUUGAUGUUGAUGUGCUUACGACCUUCGGCGAUGGCCAUGUAAUUGUCGACUAGGCUGGAAGAUUUCUUGUGGAUAAUGGCAGUGUAUUGAUGCUGUGUUAGACAAUCAAUACUAUUAAUAGUAUAUGUUUCGAUAAAGUUUGUCAUUUCGGU